UUUUGAGCAAGACCCCUUCAUGAGGCUGAGGACGUCUCUGGAGUCACUGCACGCUCCUCCUGGAUGGAGACCGUCCUCCGCGCUUUCACUUGGCAGCUCUGCAAGGAAGACCCGGGUCCUAAAUGCUCCUGACGGACAGACAGUUUGCCGGGGUGGAACUCAGCGCCCCUGCUACAAGAUAGUGUACUUCCAUGACACCUCGCGGAGGAUCAGCUUUGCCGAAGCUGAUCAGGCCUGCAGAAGGGAUGGCGGGCACCUCGUUAGCAUUGAAUCAGAAGCGGAGCAGAGACUGAUUGAAAAAUUUAUUGAGGGGCUCUUGGCUUCGGAUGGAGACUUCUGGAUAGGCCUGAGGAGGAAAGGGGAAGACCUGGAUAACAGCACAGACUGUCAGGACCUGUACGCGUGGUCUGAUGGCAGCUCGUCCGGAUUUCGGAACUGGUAUGAAGAUGAGCCCUCCUGCGGGAGCGAAAUCUGCGUCGUGAUGUAUCACCAGCCCUCUGCCCCACCCGGUGUCGGAGGUCCGUAUAUGUUUCAGUGGAACGAUGACCGAUGCAACAUGAAGAAUAACUUCAUUUGCAAAUAUUCUCUUGAAAAGCCCACAAGUGCCCCGGAAGAGGACUCUCAUGAGGGGUCUCUGAAACCAACUUCCCCAGAAGAACUGAUCAAAGAGGAGGCUCAUGUAAAAGAUGUUGUCAUAGGAUCCCUGAAACCAACAUCCCCAGGAGAACCGAUUAAGGAGGAGGCUAAUGUAACACUUAAAGAAGCCAAAGAACCUGUUUUGAGUCUUGCCUAUAUCUUAAUCCCCAGCAUCCCUCUGCUCCUCCUCCUGAUGGUCGUUACAGCCAUCUUCUGUUUUUGGCUUUUCGCAAAGAGGAGACAAGACCGAGUAGAUGCAAGUCCAAAGGAGCAGGAUGUCUGGCUCUCUCCCCAAAGGCCAAACAGUCCCAAUCUGGAGAUUUACAAUGUAAUUAAGAAACAAACAGAAGCAGAUCUGGCUGGAACCAGGCCUGACACUAAGAUUUCCUCCUUCCGUUCGCCCGGAGACAAUAUGCUGGAUAACCUCUCCGGGGAUUAUGAGAACGUGGCUGUGAACACUUCUGAGAGCGGCUUUGUGACAUUGGCCAGUACUGAGAGUGGCUUUGUGACCAACGAGAUCUACGAGCUGUGCAGUGACCGGGUGGGGAGAAGCAAGGAGUCGACCUGGGUAGAAAAUGAAAUAUAUGGUUACUAAGAGACUGGAAACCCUUGGAUGUGGAUGAUGCAGCAAAUAAAAAUCAGAGUUAUGCAGUGAUAAUGGG